UUCAAAGCACUCACACGUCCCGGGGAUUGUACUUGGAGACUCGAAAGGAGCACUUUACGUUUCAUCCCACAGAGUUGAAGGCAAACUCUAACCAGCGGGCUGAUUUUUGCCCUUUUUAGUGCGGACCCGCUUGCAGAAACGAGACACGUCCAACUCGUGCGUAAAGACACUCGUCCUCGGACAGGUUUUACGCACCGGAGCAAAACAAAAUCAGUUCCCGUUUGUGCUGUUUUUACCUAAAAACUCGAAAACUCUUAGAGUGAAGUCAAGUUAGAGGCUUUACUCUCGCGAGACAGCAGGAAGAAUUCCCUCGUUUUACGCGUAAUUUGGCACCACACGGUUUUUCGUAUGAAUCUCCUCGACCCAUACCUGAAGAUGACGGAGGAACAAGACAAGUGUCUCUCUGAUGCCCCGAGCCCGAGCAUGUCUGAGGACUCCGCCGGCUCCCCGUGCCCUUCUGGCUCGGGCUCAGACACCGAGAACACCCGUCCAUCAGAGAACGGGCUGCUUCUGGUAGACGGAGAGUUCAAGAAGGACGAGGAAGAUAAGUUUCCCGCUUGCAUCCGUGAGGCUGUGUCCCAGGUGCUCAAAGGUUACGACUGGACUCUCGUCCCUAUGCCAGUGCGUGUUAACGGAUCUUCCAAGAACAAGCCCCAUGUGAAGAGACCAAUGAAUGCAUUCAUGGUGUGGGCUCAGGCUGCGCGAAGGAAGCUGGCAGAUCAAUACCCACACCUGCAUAACGCGGAGCUCAGCAAAACUCUGGGGAAACUCUGGAGACUUCUCAACGAAGGAGAGAAACGGCCGUUCGUGGAAGAGGCUGAGCGGCUCCGUGUGCAGCACAAGAAAGAUCAUCCCGACUACAAAUACCAGCCUCGGCGGAGGAAGUCGGUGAAGAACGGCCAGGGCGAUUCAGAGGACGGCAGUGAGCAGACACACAUAUCGCCUAACGCCAUCUUCAAAGCUCUGCAGCAGGCGGACUCUCCAGCCUCUAGCAUGGGAGAGGUGCACUCUCCUGGAGAGCACUCAGGCUCCCAGGGCCCCCCUACUCCUCCCACCACCCCAAAGACUGAUAUCAGCUCAGGCAAGAUGGACCUUAAACGUGAAGUUGGCCUCCGCUCUCUAACUGAUGGCCCCGGCGGGCGCCAGCUCAACAUCGACUUCCGAGAUGUGGACAUUGGGGAGCUGAGCAGUGAUGUCAUCUCCCACAUUGAGACCUUUGACGUCAAUGAGUUUGACCAGUACCUGCCUCCUAACGGGCACCCUGGCUCAACAACUGGCGGGGGAAACACCACCCCAGUCAGCUAUACUGGCAGUUACAGCAUCAGCAGCGGUGCCCCAGUGAGCCCUCAGGCAGGAGGUGUCACAGCCUGGAUGGCCAAAAGCCAAAGCCAGCAGGGACAGCAGCAGCACAGCCUGACAACCCUGGGGAGCAGCGGCGGCUCAGAAGCAGCUCAGGCCCAGCACAGGACCCAGAUCAAGACGGAGCAGCUGAGUCCCAGUCACUACAGUGAGCAGCAAGGCUCCCCACAGCACGUUACCUUCAGCCCCUUCAACCUGCAGCACUACAGCUCCUCCUCCUCUUACCCGGCUAUCUCCAGGGCGCAGCAGUACGACUACUCCGACCACCAGGGGGGGAGCACCGCUGCUGCUGCUGCCUCCUAUUACAGCCAUGCGGGGGCGGGGCAGGGCUCCGGGCUCUACUCAACUUUCAGCUACUUGAGCAGCCCCAGCCAGAGGCCCAUGUACACGCCCAUAGCUGACAACUCGGGGGUGCCCUCCAUCCCUCAGAGCAGCCCACAGCACUGGGAGCAGGCUCCAGUUUACACCCAGCUCACAAGACCGUGAGCCUCUCUGCAGACUGAGAGACAACACAAAGACACAGACACAGACUUUCUCUAAAACUCUUAACUUCAGGGUGAACUCUUCCUCCAGAACGGCUCCCUGAAUCAGACACUUGAAUAUAAAGGAGAGCUGGACUUGUGAUUGGCUCACGUCGUGCCUUGCUAUCAUAUCUUUAUAGAAACUAUAUAUAUUUUUAGAAAGAUGAAAAGACCUAGGAAAAUCCUCUGUGAGGACUUAUUGAUCGGUGAUAUUCCAGUAGGUACUGUGUAUGUUUCUUUUUGUAUUGUUUUUCUUCAUACGCUGGCAGUUUGUAACCCACAGGGGUGGGGUCGGGAGGGGUUUAGUAAUUAUUUCUUUCUAUAAACAUGAAGUGAAGAAGCUUUAUCUUUAAAAGUAUUUCAACCACUCACGGUUGUUCAGAUUCUGGUCCUCUGUUAGGUUUCAUUUUGCUCUUUUGUUGCUUUUCCUUUCCGUUCAGCCAGUAAGGUUUGUGUUUAAGCUGUUUAUUUGUCUUCACAGCUAAUGUGUCAUGAUCGUUGAAAAGCUAUGAGGCAAUACAGAGCAAGAGGGAGAGCCUUGGUUUCACAAUGCUGUGCUGUCUUGACGGGGGAGACUGCAGCCCUUUCACCAUCUGUGCCUUGGAUUUGUCAAAUUUUCUCAACUUUUUGAACGUGUGCUUGUGUGUGAGAGUGUGUGAGAAUGUGUGUGCAUGCUCUAUGGCCACAGCUGAGAUUACGCUUACCGUCCAACAGUGUGUGUUUGACAGCAACAGGAAGUCACCUUUGACCCUUUGGGUGUCCCCAUGCAGUCUCCCACCAUGCUGGUGUCCAAUAUACCCCCCUCCCCCCUUUCCUCUGGUCAAAUCCAAUUUAAACAUUAUUUAUUUAUUAGCUUUAAUUUUAUUUCAAAGGAAUUAUUUUGCAUACUAUUCUAAUAACUAAUGAAUUGCUUUGUUUGCAAUGUAGACCGCAUAUUAUUUCCUCUUUUUUCAAAUUUUGAUUUUCAACCCAAGAGGUACUUAGAGAAACGUUAGACGCUACUAUUGUCUUUUUAUUUCGGUUUAUUUAUCUUAUGUAAAUGUCUAUUUUAAGUAUGUAUUUGCCUUUUAUUGAGGGGGGAGACUAUCUAACGAAAUGUGUAUGGAUUAUUUGUUUUUUAUGAAUAUUCUUUGAGUUGGACUUCGAAGCGAUGGCUGAAGAACUGGAAAAUGAUAUCUCAGUUACAAUGUCAGAUUGUUUGUUUGUGGGAUCACCAGAGGGACGAUCCAUCCUUUCUGCUCUAAAAACUUUUUUUUUUUCUCACGAUAUCAAAGAACUGAAGUUUCCCAUACUCAUGUUUUCCUUCUUUGAUCUCGCCAUGUAUUUGUACUGUCUUUGAAAGACCUUUUUGUAUAUGUAUUUGCAAUAAAACUAAAUUGCUAUU